UUUUUGCGCACGCCGUUGCGCUCUGUGUCGGAAAAUGUGGAAAAUUUUUCGCGGAGGUUGUGACACAUCGUAAACAAUUUGUGAGCCACGUGGUGUCCAAGUGUUUCGACGAGAAAUAUACCGAGGAAUACACGUUGAUUAUUGGAUCGCAAUCGUAUUUUUUUUUUUUUUUACUGCAAACAUGAAGUUAAUUGUAUCGAGAUUGCAUUGCACAAGAUUCGCGUCCUUGCGACAUUUUUCAGCGAAGCCAAAGGCUGUGCUUGACGAUGCAGUAUCCACUUCAAUCUCUAACAAUGAAAUGAAGUAUAGACAUCAUCCAGGUGUCAUUGCUAGAACACCAGUGUUUCCAAAGUGGGCACUAAAGGAGAUACACGACGUUCUGAAAGAGAAAAGAAUUGUCUUGAAAGACAUUAAUGAGAGCGCGAAGAAAUUGGUACAGCAUUUGAAUAAACGCCAUCCUCCAUUGGAGCAACACAUGUUACCAGAAAAAUUACUGAAAGUAGUGGACCGCUUGAAUCUUAAUAAUCCUGGCGAGGGGAUAACGAUGGAGGAUAUAGACUUCAAGAAAGAUGCAAAAUCCCGGAUUAUCUUGAAGCAAAACGUUUAUAAUUGGCAGCCAAUAAACUUUGAUAAACUCACUUGCCUAACGUACCUGGUCGCCAGGGGUGUUCAGAAUUAUGCGGUCUUGCAUAGGAUUUUCGAUGAAAUUAAAUUGCGCGACAAGGAUUUCAGGCCCCAAACAUUGUUUGAUUUUGGUUCUGGUGUUGGCACAGUCAUGUGGGCGGCGUCUGAGAUCUGGUCGAACACGUUAAAAGAAUACUUUUGUGUUGAAUCGUCGGAAUCCAUGAUUGAAUUGUCGGAAAGAUUAGCGAAAGCUGCCCGACCUAAGAUCAAAGAAGUUUACUACCGCCAAUAUUUUCCUCUCUCCAUGAACCGAACUUACGAUAUCGUAGUGAGCGCGUACUCUUUAUUUGAAUUACCGGGUAUGGCGUCGCGUAUCGAAACGCUAUUGAAGCUCUGGACGAAAACUGAAAACUAUCUGAUUAUUGUAGAAGAAGGGACUAAUGCAGGUUUCAAACUAGUAAAUGAAGCGCGAAGUUUCAUUCUCAAAUACGCGAAUUCGAAACGCAGACGUGGAACGCAAUUCGCACAUGUUUUCUCACCUUGCCCACACGAUUUGAAGUGUCCGAGAUUCAUCACCGACGAUACUCCGUGCAACUUUAAUGUUCUAUAUCAUCCGAUGCAAUUUCUCGGCGGUUCGAAACACAAGCCAGAGCUGUAUUCCUAUGUCGUAUUAAAGAAAAGCAAACGUCCUGAAGAUGACAAGCAGUGGCCAAGGAUUGUGCGAGCCGUACUAAACCGUAAUAAUCACACGAUCUGUCGCAUGUGCACCAACAGUGGAGAGCUGAAGGAGGAGAUAUUUACAAAAUACAAGCACGGAAGACACAUGUACCGUUGUGCGAAAACGAGUAAAUGGGGCGAUAGAUUACCUUUGCAUUUCGAACAACAAGAGAGUCCAGAAGAUGUUGAAACAGUUAGUGAAAUAGCUACUAAAAAUGAAGAGAAUACAUAGAAUAAGAAAAUAAAGUUUCAUUAAAUGUU